AGCUGUGACAUCCGGGAGGGCGUGGCCUGACCCACGUGACCAAGCCACGCAGCGGAGCGAGAGGGCGGCCAUGGGGUUAGGGGCGAGCACGGAGCAGCCGGCGGGCGGCGAGGGCUUCCACCUGCACGGGGUACAGGAGAACUCGCCGGCCCAGCAGGCAGGCCUGGAACCCUACUUCGACUUCAUCAUCACCAUUGGGCACUCGAGGCUGAACAAGGAGAACGACACACUGAAGGCCCUGCUGAAGGCCAAUGUGGAGAAGCCGGUGAAGCUGGAGGUCUUCAACAUGAAGACCAUGAAGGUGCGCGAGGUGGAGGUGGUGCCCAGCAACAUGUGGGGUGGCCAGGGCCUGCUGGGAGCCAGCGUGCGCUUCUGCAGCUUCCGCAGGGCCAGCGAGCACGUGUGGCAUGUGCUGGAUGUGGAGCCCUCUUCACCUGCUGCCCUGGCUGGCCUGUGUCCCUACACAGACUAUGUGGUUGGCUCUGACCAGAUUCUGCAGGAGUCUGAAGACUUCUUUUCACUCAUUGAGUCCCGUGAGGGGAAGCCCCUGAAGCUGAUGGUGUAUAAUUCUGAGUCCGACUCCUGCCGGGAGGUGACUGUGACUCCCAAUGCAGCCUGGGGUGGAGAGGGCAGUCUGGGGUGUGGUAUCGGUUAUGGGUAUCUACACCGAAUCCCAACACAGCCCUCCGGCCACUACAAGAAGCCAGGCGGGACCUCCCCGUCUGGUACUCCAGCAGCUAACACUCCACAACCUAGUGACGUGCCUCUUGGUGCCCCGCCACCGUGGCCCAUCCUUCAAGAUUCUUCCAGCCCAGAGUUGGGUUCCAGGCACAGUGACUACACGGAGGCCCUGACACAGGUCCCCAGUGGCUUCACGGAAGAGCAGCUCCUUAGUCCUGGGAGUCCUAGCCAUGGUGCUGCUGACUUUGGGGGAUGCCCACGUUCCAUGGAGAUCCCUCUUCAGCCUCCACCUCCAGUGCAGCGGGUCAUGGACCCAGGCUUCCUGGAUGUGUCAGGGAUGUCUCUCCUGGACAGCAGCAAUACCAGUGUGUGCCCCAGCCUGUCAUCCUCCACAGUGCUGACCUCUACAGCUCUCUCAGCCUCGGGACCAGAGGACAUGGGUUCCAGUAGCAGUUCGCAUGAGCGGGGUGGGGAAGCCACGUGGUCAGGUUCCGAGUUUGAGAUCUCCUUCCCGGACAGUCCCGGUGCCCAGACCCAGGACCACCUGCCCCAGCUGACUCUCCCUGACGGACUCAUCUCUGCAUCCUCACCGGAUGGGCUGUCUGCAGAGCUGCUGGAGGCACAGACUGAGGAGCCAGCAGACACAGAGACUGAGGAGGUCGCCCCAGAACCGCAGCCUGGGCUGUGAGAAGGGUCCGUGACCUUUGGUGUUGCUUAGCUUGUCUGUGUAGCUCCCAGAGGCAUGGGCUUUGCCGCGGUCUCCUAGGGUCCCACCUUUACCCCAGUACAUGGUCCUGGACUGAAGGGGCAGGGAAGCAGGGAGCAACAGCAUUGAAGCCUCAUGGGUAAGGAGAGGCAGCAGGGCCCGAUCUUGAAUGAGUGUGAAGACGAGGGACGAGAGGCUGUGUCUUCCAACAGCCCUGCCCUGUACUGAGGUGGGAUUCCAAGUCCCAGGGGCCUCCCUUCCCAUUCUAAUCCUUAUGCUGGAGGAGAGAGGUGUAUACUUGGCCACUUUCUUCUCAAGUUGGAAAAGGCCCUUCUCAGGGAUCUACCUGUGCUAGUGACACCUUCCCCUCCCCACAGGAGGGCACACAGUCUAGCUGUGGUGUCCCGUGACCCCUCCUACCAGGUCCCACAUACAGACAACUGCCUGAAUGCAGAAGGUAUUCAGCCAGGUCUGAUGGCUCAUCGAAACCCCUCUACCUCUUUGCUAGAGACCAGGUGAGAGUGGGUAGAGGCCUUCUGUGUGUCCUUAGUAUGAGGGAAACUCCCGAAAACUCUAGGUGCCUUGAGUUUAGAGGCCAAGGCUAGGGGAGGUUGUGGGCUCUGCUGGCUUUCUACAGGUGGUGCCAGGCAUGUCCUCUGCAGCUGCAGUCUCCUGCAUCAUCACUGUAAGCGGCCUUUGGUCGUUUCCCAUCUGUGUCCACAGACCGCAUGUAACUCUAUGUACAGGGCACUCACUGUGCUCAGAAGCACCGGCCCAGGUCCCAGAUGGGCACUAGGAAUACAUUUAAUGAGGGAGGCAUCCCAGGGCCUCUUGGUGAGUGCCAGGAAUGUGGGCACACAACAGGGCCUCCACCACAGGGCUGCUCUGGGGCCAGCUCACUUUAGCUCUGUAGCUAGGCACUCUGACCCCUGGUAGCCCUAACUGGAAGGUUCUGUUCCUGGAGAGACCCCCAUGAGCAGGUUAGGACGGAUGCUGAGGGUGUUUUCUUUCCCCGUAGUCUGCUGUGCAGGAAAACAACAAGUGGAAAAUAAACGUGUAAGACACCGAAGUGUUUUAACUAAAGCUUUAUUCUAUACAACCCGAAAUACAGACUGACCCUUCCGGCAUUGCAGACUGUCCAAUUUUCUGGAAACUUAUUACUUAUUUUGACUAGAGGGGAAAAGAAAGUACAACCAUGCUGGGAGGUAAAAUCCACCACAGGGGCACAGCUGCCCACCACUCAGUGCUGGGCCAUAACCAGUAGAACCCUUAGUGCAGAGGCCCUUCCUGCAAACAGUGCUGAGGGCCAGCACCCCACCCCAUCCCUUGCUUUAGUUCAUGACCAUCACUAAAAACACGCACCCCGAGUGCACUGUUGUGUCUAACACAGACAAAAAGGACUUCAGUAAAAAAGCUGUCAGUUGCUCUGAGGGAGAACAUUUUAAUGCCUGGGAAAUGUCUUUGCUCACUUGAAGGUGUGGAGGCCAUGGCAUGUCUGUGCUCCACAGUUAGCAGUAAGGGGACCCUGUUCUGCAGUUGUGCGGAUCGAUGCCUCAAUUUGUAAGGAACGGACCUGGACCCAUCAGCUGCCCCCAGCAGAACCGGUGAAGAUGUAGAAAAGCCAGCCCUCCCCAGUCCCUGCUCCUGUGGGGGACAGGCCACGUGGAUAGGAGGCCACUGGACUGGAAUAAACUGCCCCUGAAGGCA